CGUUUUUAUAUUCCUCGCCUCUAGGGUUAGUUAAUUUGCAGCAACCCAAGGAUCAAAUUACUUAAUUUCUAAUCAUGUCUUCGCCCGGCGGCAGAAGAUCAUCUAAGAAAGCCAACAACAGCAAUAAUAUCCGGAGCGGAAGAUUGUCCUCGGUCGGUCGUUUUUUCAAUCCGACAGUCGUUAGGCUGGAGGGAGUAGACGAUUUCUGGAAUCGACCGCAGCUAUCCGGUGUAACUGUCUUCAAUCGACCGCUGGGAGCCAGUGUACAUGUCUCGAAUCCACCGUAGCGAGCCCGUGUCCGAAUCUGCCGCAGCCAGGUGCUGUCCCAAAUCCACCGCAGCCAGGUGCUGUCCCAAAUCCAUAGCAGUCAGCCCUGUAUGAGAAGCUGAAAAAUCAUUUCAAUAAAUACGAUACCAGCUGUAAAGGCCGCCUUAACGAACACGAGCUCCGCAGGGCGUUCGCCGACCUGGGUUCGGGGUUUCCUCUGGUUCGAGUUUUUAGCGCACUGGAAGAAGCUGAUAAGGAUAAAGAUCGAUGCAUAGGCCAGGGGGAGUGGGACGCCCUCAUUCAACACACCAUUACUUGGUACGAUGGAAAUUCUACCCAAACUUGAUUUGCAAUAAGCAAGCUAGCACCCUGCAUGGCUUAGUGUGCUUGACGGGUAUCAACAACGUACUACGUCUCCGAGAACACACAGGGCAAUGGCUUCAUGGUUUUUCAGUAAAGAUUGGAAUCAGCCACGCCUUGCUAGUUGAACUUUGGGUAGUUAAACAUGCUAUGGAAAUUGCAUGGGGUUUGGGAAUACCGAAGACUUAUUAUUUUGGAAACGGAAUCGAUGCUUGUGGUUCGUUUGCGGUUUGAAGUACUUGCUUGAUGCAGGAACGCCGUGCGGGGGGCGUUGCCUCCCCUGGGGGUUUAUUAUGUAAAUACCAAGUAAUUUGGCUUUUGUUCUCUUUUUUUUUUGCAAAAAAAAAAAUAUAUCAUUUCUGAGACU